AUGAUCCUUGGAGAACAGUCGUCACCAAUGUUUGCUAAUUAUUGUAUAUUUUUCUAUUGCUUAGAAAUGACUGAUUCCGGAAUUCUAAGCUUCAAGACGCCUGAGGAAAUGCAUGAAUACAUGAAAAAUCUCGGAUUGGGUUUUGAAUAUAGUUGUAUACGUGAAAACAAUCCCGUCAGUUGUCAUUCAUGGGCACUAUGGUCCAGUAAUUAUAAAAGGCUAGUUGCCAACGGUGCAGACAUUCUCAAAGAAAACUGUUUCAAGCGUAAUUAUGGAGACAGUUGCUAUCAAUACGGGUCAUUAAAAGUCGUUGGCGAUAAAGGCGUAUUGAGAGAUUCGUUUGAGGCUUUCCGUGCAUUCGAACAUGGUUGUAAGGCAGGGAAACAAGGGAAAUGUUGCCAAGCUGCUGGACGUCUAGUUGCUGAUGGUAUAGCUAGCCAUGCACCAAAUUUAUCUGUUGCAAUGUCACUAUUCGAAUUAGGUUGCCAAAAUAGAGUGCCAGAGAGUUGUUUUCAUCUUGGUGGUGCAGCAAUGGUAUUAGCUAAAGAAAAUGACAAAUCAACUAAUUCAGAAAAAUCUCCUAAUCCUACUGGUAGUAACGAUAGUAGUCGUCUACGUGUUGAAGCAUUCAAAGCAUGGAUGGAAGGUUGUAAAUUGGGUCAUGAAUUCUGUUGUCGUAAUAUUGCAAAAAUGUAUUCCAAUGGUGAUGGUGUUGAAAUGGAUGAAUUGAAAGCAAAAGAUUUCCUAUUAAAAGCUGAUCAAUUGGCGACACAUAGCAACGUGACACAUACUUCUACUACUAAUACUGCUGUGAAUAAAACCAGUACAUGA